GGGGAGCGGUAUAUAUGAGAACUUUGAGACACGUAGCCUUGAGUUAAUAUGUCUAAGAGGACAUCUUCUUUAAUAAUUCCUGCUUGACUUAAGAAGCGGGACUAAUAUUCUAAGUAAAGCUCAAGAAGGUCCUUGUUACGAGUUGUUUACAAUGAGUACUCUUUACAAUUAUGCCUCUCCCGUCCGAUGAAAAUGUUGUCCAGACCAGCAGUGCCAUAGUCAGCACACUACAUGGAAUCUUUGGACCCCAUCCCGGAUUUCGACCUGCCCAUGCAAAAGGCGUCCUGCUAAAAGGCACCUUUACUCCCACCCCAGAAGCAAAAACACUCUCAAAAGCACCUCACUUCAACAACCCUUCAACUCCCAUCAGCGCACGCUUCUCCAGCUCUACCGGAAUCCCAGAACUCCCAGACACCGAUCCCAACGGCAACCCCCGCGGCUUUGCUAUCCGCUUCGUACUGGCCGAGACUCCUCGCCGCGUACACACAGACAUCAUCACCCACUCCGUCGACGGCUUCCCAGGCUCAAACGGCCAAGACGCCCUCGAAUUCUUCACAGCAGUUAAAGACGGCUCGAUCGGCGAAUACCUAGCCUCCCACCUGAAAGCACUAGCUUUCAUCCAAGCCCCCAAGCCAACACCAGCCAGUUUCGGCAAAGAAAAGUACUUCGGCGUAAACGCAUUUAAGUUCAUCGCAGCAGACGGCAAGGAGACAUUCAUCCGGUACCGCAUCGUCCCCUCAGCUGGGGAAGCGUAUCUCGACGAAGCCGCGCUAAAAGACAAAUCCCCAUCUUUCCUCUACGACGGCGUGCCAGAACUCCUUAAAUCUGGACCGAUCGUGUUCAAGCUCAAAGCACAGAUCGCAGAAGACGGGGACGUGACAGACGAUAACACCGCAAAGUGGCCGGAAGAACGACGGGUCGUCGAGCUCGGCACGAUCGAACUGCAGUCUAUAGCGGACGAUCAGGCCGCGCAGCAGAAGAGGAUAAUCUUCGACCCGAUCCCGAGGGUUGAAGGCGUCGAGGCUUCGGCCGAUCCGCUGCUGGAGGUUCGCGCGGGGAUUUAUCUUAUAAGUGGCCGUGAGAGGCGUGCGGCGUGAAGAUAGAAAUAGCUAAGUGCUAUCUAUCUAUUUAUUGUAGUCGAGUAAAAAAAGUAUUCUAGGUUGUUUUUGAUAAUUUAAGCAUCUUAAAAGUCGAGACGUCUCAUUCCUACUACUAUUAUAGCUGCAAAUAUCAGAUCGUAUCUUA